ACUGGAGUAGUAUAAUUUACUAACUUCUUUUUUUGACAAUUAACACAUAUUAAUAUUGAUACAGAUGAUAGUAACGUUUUCAACGUGAAGCCAAGAGAACUGCAUGUAAGAGGGAACCACUCAGCAUUGUUUGAACUUUUUUUCAAUCCGAACGCAAGCAACAAUUUAUUUGGACGCGAGAUUGUCGCUUCCAUUUUCACAAAACACACGGAGGACAUCGUAUUUCCGUUUGUCAUAACGAUUACAGUAAUAGGUCGGGUUAAAUUUAAUUAAAGAUCAAGUUAUAAUUUCGCAAUACUAGACGUUUUAUUUUAAUAUUUUAUCAAUUGAAUUUGUAGUAAUUUAUACCAUUUCUAGGUCAUUCGUUUCCUGCUACAUCGAACGGAUGGAUUCCGCAAUACGAAAUACCUCAAACUGUAAUAAUGCCGCCGUGUGUGCCUCCACAUCCGGUCUACACGACGUUCCUGCUCAGAAAGUUCGGUCAUUUACCCCUGAUGUUUCAAUUUGUUCCACCACCGAACUGUCGUUUCACUGUAAAGCCAAUGCUCGGCUUGAUUCACGAGAAUUUUCAAAUAAUUAUGGUAGAAAUGUCGCCGAAAAUCGAGGACGAACAGAUUUAUCUAGAACGGUGGACAAUAUAUUUCAACGGGAAUACCAAGAACGCAAGUUACAUAGACUUCAAGGGCUACGCAGAGUAUGCAAAUAUAAUGUUCCUGAACGGCGGUGUAUUAGAUUUCGCGGUGACAUUGCCGCGAUGUCAGCAGUUUAAGGAACUUGGAUUUCGAAACGUCACGAGACAUAAGAUUAAGUAAAUCAAUGGGAAUUUGUCCCGGAAAUUGGCCUACUUGACACAUUAUUCAUAUAUCGACGUAUUGGUAUAAUAG